UAUUUUGUUGUAGUCGUGAUCCCCGUGCCUGCUUGCCACCCACGCAGACGAAGAAGAGGAAGAAAAUGGCGGCUGCUGAAGCUGGCGCCGCUCGCUUGCCACAAGUGAAGGAGCAAGCAACCAAGCAGGCUGCCGCUGGUUCUAAACGGAACCCCUCGUUCGCGAAAAACAAAUUGGCGCCGCAAGAGGAUGCGCCUGCGUCUCCUUUACUUGGGGCCAACCUUCGCCCCAAGAGCCGCUCGCAGCCCAAAGAGCAAGAGGCUCUGGCUCUCGCUAGGCCUCAACCGGGCAAGCCUGCGUUUACGCUGCCUCGUGAAGCCCGUCAGCAGCAGCCGGUUCAGGAGAUGCCUGGGUCCAGUCGCAGUUCCAGGAACCAGCCACCGGCAAUGUCGCCGGAGCGCCAAGCCGAUGUUGAACAACCACUUCCCGACGGCGUCGUGGCUCCAAAGGGCCCAAAUAGUGACAGGAGCAGCCUGGGGCCCUCAUACCUGCGCGAAUCCCUCGACGCUGACCAGAGCACGACAGGGCCGUGUGUGAUCUGCGGGGCGGCGCUGCUAAUCGCGAUGUCCAUGGGGCUCAUCUUCUUCCUGUUCAAGUCGACUGAGAUGGUGGCCGCCAUGGAGAGGACCACGACCACGACCGAGGCGCAAACCACCUGGCCUACAAAGGGGCGUGCGAUGAGCGAGGCGAUGACGUUUGCGCAUAAUAGAGAGACGUCGCCACGCGGGAAGGUCCCGUGGGCGAUAGAUGACGGCGCCGCAUCGUCCGAGAAAGAGCUCGACGAUACGGAAGCGUCGAUCGCGACUACCAUUGAUGGCGACGGUGACGAAGCACGAGCUCUGGCCGUAUAAGCUGACAUGAUUCGUCGCUUUAUAAAACAGUCCUGCGCAAGUGCGCCAAAAUAGUGAAAGCAAAUUAAUAAGUCAGCAGCAAUACGGCAGCGUUAAACACAUGCAUGGCCAAUACGCCUGUCAACGUCCUUGCUAGGAGAAAUUGAUAUUUUGUGCUUAAGAUUUAAAGGAAGCCGAAUGGACAGAGCUUUGGCCAUAGGUCGAUGAGUAAUUUGCAGCAAAAAAACAGACGUUUGACCGCAGUUGCGCUGUGCACAUUGCCAACGCACAUGUUGGAGUCCACCUGAAAAGAACCUUUUGUGAAGCGUCAAUGCAAUGCUUCACAACCAACAACGAUGCGUACAUUUUUGUUUAAUUUUGUUUAGUUUCAUGCUGCGUGACGUGUACAUGUAAUGUUUAUGUUUAUCAAGCACAAAAGUCACAACUUCAUCGUCACGCAAUUUUUGUGUUUAUGCGCAAUAUCGCUCACAAGCUAGGAUUAGGUACAAACUUGAAAUA